CCCGCAGUGGGCGCGUCCUGGCGGCGGCGCCUGGCGGCCACGUUGACAGGGCGGGAGCUGGGGCGCGCCGGGUAGCGCAGGGCAGGCUGGGCGCUGGUCGUUGCUCGUUGGCAGGGUGCGAGUGCUCGGUGCGGGGGCCGCUGCCACAGUAAAAAUGUCUUCGCCUCCCAAAGAGAAAGCAGAGACACGGGCCGGACACCCUCCUGCUGUGAAAGCUGGCGGGAUGCGGAUCGUGCAGAAACAUCCCCACAAUUCCGAUGCCAAAGAAGAAAAAGAUAAGGAUGACCAAGACUGGGAAACUAGCAUCCCACCUAAACCAGCAGUGUUCAUCUCUGGAGUCGUUGCUCGGGGUGACAAGGACUUCCCUCCAGCUGCAGCUCAGGUGGCUCACCAGAAACCACAUCCUUCCGUGGAAAAGCUUCCUCACCCACAUGUCAAACAGCACAUCCACCAACCUCGCAAGUGAGCUCCCCAGCAAAGUCUCAGCCAAACUGCCACCAGUGACUACGUUUUCAAGAGAAGAUGAAAGGCCUUUAGGGUUCACACUGUCAAAUCAGUAAAACUGAUCUCUAAAAUAGUAUGUGAUUUCCUUCCCUUUAAUUCUCAAAGGUUAAUAAGAAUGAAGACAUUGUUCAGUUGCUAUCCCAGAUGAAAUAUUCUCUCUUAAGUGUUUCCUGAUCAGGGGGGGGGGGGUUUAAUGAGAUUUUCUUCUUUCCAAGAUAAAACUUUAGUAUCAAUUAUAUGAUUUAUGAGCUUAAAACUUGUACUUUUACUUGUGGCAUUGCAAUAGCAGAUAGUUAAUGUUGCUUUUAUGUUAAGCUGGUAAGGAAGAGCAGCCUUUUUGCACCGGUACCUUUGUUAUCUGGAGGGAGUUUGUUGUGUGUUUUGAGACAGAAAUCUGUGCUUGUCUCCAUUAUAGAGAACCCUUUCAGUCUUCAGUAUCCUGCAGUGUUAAACCUUAGUGAUUGUGCCCUCUUAUGUCAACUAAUGAGGUGAAACAAUGCCCCAAAACAUUCUCAAGUGGGUGGAAAUGUAGCUGAUUCUUCUUUGCAGCCCUUUGCACUCACAGAGUCUUGCUGUGGUUCUACCCAUUUGAAGGUCUGUGGGUAUGGAGAAAGAAAACAAAUUGGAGUAUCAGAACAAUGCUGCUGUAGGCAAGUAGUUUUUGAUCUCAUGGAUCUCACUAGGGACUGUAUUUUUAUGUGGUGAUAAUUUCAUGGUUCCAGUGACAAGCUGAUGGAGAUCAGGACCCUCCAGAACUGAACUUAAAAUAAACAGGCCAAAAAUAUGGUUUGGGGUUUCUUUUGUUUGGUUGUUUUCUUUUAAUUUACAGUUUAAGAUCUCAGGCUCACAGGAUGUUAGGGGUUGGAAGGGACCCAAGAAGAUCAUUGAGUCCAACCCCUCUGCCACAGCAGGACCACACAAUCUAACACAGAUCACAGAGGAACACAUCCAGACAGGCCUUGGAAGACUCCAGAGAAGGAGACUCCACAACCUCUCUGGGCAGCCUGUGCCAGUGCUCUGGGACCCUUGCCGUCAAGAAGUUCCCCCUUGUGUUGAGGCAGAACCUCUUUUGCUGCAAUUUGCACCCGUUGCUCCUUGUCCUAUCUCAGGGAGCAGUGAGCAGAGCCUGUGCCCCCACUUCUGGCCAGCCCUCAGGUAUUUAUAAACACUGUUUGAAAUGAAGAGAUAGCUUUAAUUAGUGUGUUUGUCUUUGUGACAUAACACAUUUUCCCCUAGUCAUUUUAUUACAAAUAAGGACAGUAGGUGAUGCAAGGGAAUACAAAAGUUACCUUUCAAAUAGAGCAAUCAGAUUAGUUUUGGCCAGAAUUAAAUCUUUUGAUCACACAGUUCAAAAUCACCUGGCUCUGUUUUUCAUGCAAAGCUUGGAUGAGGCACUUAGUGCCAUGGUCUGAUUGACUGAAUAGGGCUGGGUGCUAGGUUGGACUGGAUGAUCUUGGAGGUCUCUUCCAACCUGGUUGAGUCUAUGAUUCUUCUGCAACUCAUCUCUGUGAAACCCUGGACAAUAUUUUUCUUAACCAAUCUACCUACCAUUUAAAAGUAUGCCUCUGUUUUUAACUAUGAAUACAGUGCAGCAUUUAGUAUCCUCUAGGUUUGUAAAACUCAAGACUAAUGUCCAAAAAAGUGGGUGCUAGAGCUGGCACUGCAAACACUCCCCUGGCAAGUUAAAGUUUGGGGUCAGUUGUGGCUUCAUUCUGUUCAGAUAGUACAGAAAAGCAGUGAGGAGGGCUUUAAAAACAUCACAUUAAUUUCUGCAGAUGAAAUAAUUAUUCUCAGAGUAGCUGACUUAAAACAACAGGGGGGGGGGGGGGGAAAUCACAUGAAAUGUGGCUCGUUUCACAAGUAGAAUAACAGCUCACUUCAUGUGAAUGAGAGGGUCCUGCUAUUUCCACCUUUUCAUGGGCAUGAAAUGAAAACAAUCUUUUGCAAAGCAUAUGCAUGGAUCUAUCUAUUCUACACUGAAGAAGGGAGGUACAAUCUGUAUAAGCAGCUCUUAGGUUAAUUACCCAACCAUUCUUGCCUUAAGGAACAAGUGUUGUUUGUAAGAGUUAUUCUGUAUUAGAAUAUGCACAACUUUGAAGGUAUGCUGUCAGAUCCUGGUGUUGGUACAUCCAGGACCUUGUUCAUAGCCACUGGUGAGUGUAGAAGCGAUUGACAGGUGAGUAACUCAUUCGUAAAGGUGGUAUUGUUGAGCCCUGUGGAAUAUCUGCACAGGGUAAUUCACUGGCAGGAAUCAGGACAGAAAAAAGUGACAGCUCAUUGAUUGUGCAGCCAGUAGCUGUCAGGUAAUUGCAGUUGCUUGGCACUGGCAGCUGCUGGCUUGCAAGUGAGGUAGACAGGAUCCAGCUCUCCUGCCCUGUGCCUACAUUUAAAGUAGUGUCUAGACUCAAUGGCUAUGUAGUCAGUGAAGUUUAGCUAUAGCAUCUUUGACCAGGCAUGUCUUUCAGGAGGAGCUGGAUCACUCUCAACUCCAUUGACUGCAGUGGAGAACUGCAGUACCUCGUUGUAGAAGCACACAGUUAGGUGGGGGUGGGUACAUUUACUAUGCAUCUAGUAACAGCUUGUAGAAAUGCUUCUGAAAGCAACCCAACAUUUCCAUUCUCAUGCAUCUCUGUUGAAGUUAGGACCACAGGUGUUUCUGAAUUACUGCUCCUGGUUGUUAAUGCAAUGUACACAGCACAUAGAGAUCAUACCUGAAUUCUCUUUUUAGUUACAUAGAUGGAUAUGUAAGUUUGGACAAGGGAAUAUGACUCUCCACAUAGCUUUAGUGGCUUCUAGAGUCCAGAAAUUGCUAGAUGGUCAGAAAAUGUCUCUGUGUUUUAUAUUGGUGGGAGGUAUCCAUGCUUGUAUGUAGGUGUCCUUACCAAAGCAUUAACUUGGUUACCAAAGCUAACAUGGUUUCCUCAUGCUGACUAUUGAUACUUUUAAAGCAUGUUGCAUACAAGCACAGGAGAUAUUCAGGUGUUACCUUAAAUGAUUGAAAAAUAGAUUUUUCUGUGAUUGUCAAUGUGGCAAUAAUGCAACAAUAAAGCAUGAAGUUCUA